AUGCCUCUUCACGCUACAAAGUUUAAUAUUUCAUGGUUGGAAAAAAAAGAUUCAGAUGGUACACCUGUGAAGCGAUGGCUGAAACAAGGUACAAAACCAUCACCAUUUAUUUGUACAUUAUGUAAAACCGAUGAACUAUGCUGUGGAAAUAAAGGAUGGCAGUCUGUUGAAAGUCAUAUGAACAACAAAAAACAUCGUGAUACUUUAAAAUUGAUAAAAGAAAAUACUACAUUUACUAUUCAAACUGAACCAAAUUCUACUCAAUCACAACCAAGUUCUUCGUCAUCAAACAUUUCAACAGUAACACUUGCUUCUCAAGCAAAGACUAUGAGCUUUUCAGAUCAAGUAACACGUGCCGAAACAUUAUGGGCAAUGAAUGCAGCACGUCAUGGAUACAGUUACCUUUCAUGUGAUGAAUCUGCUGAUCUGUUCCAAAAUAUGUUUCCAGACUCAGAUAUUGCACAAAAAUUUGAAAAUGGAACGAGCAAAAUUAUCAUAUACGAUUUCUCACGGUCUUGGUCCAUUUUUCCAUCGUAA